AUCCUGUGACAACCAGCCCCAAAACGCAGGGACAAGAGGAAGAGGGCCUUGGAGCCGACCCCUCCUUCAAUUCCCUUACCACUGAGUCCGUCGUCGGGAGCCCCGACGCGGAGGGCGGCGCUGCCGCCACACAGGCGGACGAUGAGGCGGAGAGUGGGGCGCCCGGCUCCUCUUCCCCGCCCCGACCGCCGCCGAGCAUCUCCGGGCGCCGCGAUCCUCUCAGGGCCGCGUGCUUCCGGAGGCUGGCCGCCUCCUGCGAAGCCCGCCGACUCCGCGAGGCGGAGCUCCUCCGUGCGUCUAAACUGCCCGCGGAGAAGGCUGAUGACCCCGACGAGCCAAUCUGGCCACCAAAAAGCCGCCAUUGGUGGCGCUUCGUGGAACUAAAAACUAUGGGGUCCAGCCCGGCUAAUCCUGGGCCCAACCCUGAUGAGAGUUCAUUAUCUCAUAUCAAGAGCCAAGAUAUGUUAGCUGAUAAGGUUGUGGACCAAUGGGAUGACAGUGACACUGAAAACUCCUCUGGAAGUGCAUCAUAUCAAGUUGUUCCUUACAAGAAUGCCCAAGGAGAAAACACCUUACCUGUGCUGUCUAAAAAAAGGAAAUUCAUUAUUAGUACAUAUUCUGUGCAAUGUAGUACUUGCCAGAAAUGGAGAGUUGUACCAUCCAAACUGAAAUAUGAGCAAAUCCGAGAGAAUAUUAUACAAGUUCCUUUUUCUUGCAAAUAUGUCCAUGGGUGGAAGCCACAAGUUACAUGCCAUGAUCCAACUGAUAUAUCUGAGGAUAAUGGCAUGGCAUGGGCAAUUGAUAUCCCAUGCAUCCCUCAGACCCCUCUUGGGUGGGAAAGGAAUAUUACUCUAAGGAAUGAACAGAGCACGAGAUUCGCUGAUGUGUACUAUAUCUCUCCUGCAGGCAGAAAAGUAAGAUCCAUGAAAGAUGUUGAAAGGUAUCUUGAAGACAGCCCAGACUAUGCUGCCCGCUUACAGUUAUCUCAGUUUUCGUUCAGGGUACCUAAACCUCCAAAUUGCCCUCGUCAGUCAGAGCUUAUUGAACCAACUGAAGUGCCACCUCCGGUUCACGAGGAUCCCGUGCACAACUACAUGCCGGUCCCUCAUGGAGAAGCCAAUCAUUUAACUCAUAUACCAGUUAUACUAGCUCUACAAGUACCAGUGAUGCUCUCCAAAAAGAGAAAACUAAACCAGUGAUGCUCUCCAGAAAGAAAGAAAAAUGCUCUAUCAGUGAUGUUCAAAUUUCAGACUUGAAAUGUGCUAGUUUGCUGUAUUAUGUUACUGUUAAUGUUCUACCUUAGCUAAGCUCGCUCCCCUUGUGCCGUACUUUACUCCAGCUUGGCUGGAACUGAGAGUUUUUGGGACAUCGACAUCAACAGAGGAAUGUUGUUGCAGAAAGUUAUUGAAACUGCCACAUUGCUUUUACCUCA